UUCUGUUCGUCGUCACUUCAGGAGGAGAUCAGGACUGUGGAGAGUUCGAGGAUACGUACCUGGUGGUCUUCAUGUCGACAUUGCUCCAGAUGCGGAUGUGGGACUGAUUGGACGUGCCACGUGGCACAUUGAGGAUACUCGGAUACUCGUUCAGACUAUUGAUUGUUGAGGUGGCAGUAGAGGAGGGAGCCCAAAGCAGGAGUGAGCAUUUUACUUCCUCUCCUUUGUCUCUUCUCCCUCCUCUCUCUUCGUCUGUGUAUGAUAUCUCACCUCACUCUGUCAGGUCACAAUUUUUGACUAGUAAUCAUCAGCCGAUGGACAUUUAUCUGGACUUGCAUUGUUGACAACUGUCUCACGAUCUGGGUUCAUUACAGUUUGGUAUCGGAGCUAAUCUCCUGACGACGACAUUUGUAUAUGGGUAGGCGCCAGGUGGCGCACAGGUAAGUAAGGUUGAGUAGGUGAUGGCGUGGCAAGGGAUACGCUGGGGAUAUUGACGUGGCACAUACCUCUUUGGCAAGAAGACAUUGCCGGGGAUUGCUGACGAAGUACAGAUUCACUGGCAAGAAGACCUGACCGGAGCAGUUGACGAAGUACAGGUUCUGCUGGCAAGAAGACAUCCCUACCAGGCUGCUGACGUGGCAGUAGGGAUCGCAACAAGGGAUACCGCACGCCAGCCAGGAUCGCGAUAGUGACGUGGCAUCGUGAUCCCAUGCUGACGUGGCACACAUCGUGCUGCAUCUGAAGACCCUGUUGAUUGCUGAUGUGGCACUCAUUGUGCUGCUGACACGACAGGGUCUACUGCAGAUGCUGACGUGGCCUGGAGGAAAGAUUAAUUGCUGACGUGGCACGAGCAGGUCAUCACACUUGUCUGAUGAGGUGGUGUCUGCCUGCUGACGUGGCAUUGAACUCCUUGGCUGACGUAGCAUAAUCUGACUGGCUGGAUCAGCGACGGUACCUCGCGUGACGCUUGAAAGAGGCACGUGGCGAGGAUUGGACUACACACUUGCUGACGUGGCAUCCCAUUAUUGACAAACUGGACCUAGUGCUGAUGUGGCAACAUUUGCUAUGUUGGCACUCCAGGGGUGACAUGUGGCAGGCAGGAUGCUGCCAAGUAAGAGGUGCUUUCUUUAGACGACGGCGGUACAGCUGACUGGACAGCUUAUACAGCUGUAGUGCCAGCUGUCAGAAGGAUUGCGUGAUCGCAUUGACAUCAAGAAGACACAGCAGACUGAUGAAGGUUGCUGACAAACUGUUUGUGAGUGUUGUUGGCAUACUCACAUGUUGUUGCUGUUUGCGUACUUACUUGUGUGUUGUGUUGUUCACACGGGCCUGACGCGGUACCUGUACAGUCUUGCUUAGGACAUCAUCACACGAACAGACAAAAGAACAGCAAUAGUCAGAAAUAGAAAUAAUUGUAUUUGAUUAUUUCCUUCAGUGAUUAGAAAUCUUGCUGUUGUAGAUCAGUGCGGCCGUGGAAUUUAUUUUUGUUAUUAAGUAUUAUUGUGCGGCAGACGCACAUCACAAUGUCUCAUUUCUGGAAUUGUCUGAAAUUGUCGGUACGUGCCCAGUUUGAUUUGAAAGCAAUUCAUGAUGCUAUCGAAUCAGCUGAGACUGGCACCAACGUCUUGAAGGUUCAGAAUGAACUCAUCAAGUGUCGUCAGACACUUGAUAAGAUUAUUGUGGAACAACUUGCAAAGAUCUCGGAACAGAAGGAAGAGAAAGAAGUUGAUGUGACUGAAGAAACCGUGGAUGAGAACAUCAGACAAUUGGAAGAAGCAUUUGAGAAAGAAAAGCAGAGGAAACAAGAAAUGAGAAGGCGUAAAGAAAGAAAUGUACAGCAAGAACAAAAAGUGGAAAAAGUUAGACAAACUGUCAUUCACACUGAAGGGGAAAAACAGGCAAUUUCUUUGGCCCAGCUUGUGAAUUACCUUGCCCACUUGGAAAUGAAAAUAGAUCAGUUUGGUGACCGGAUGCAGUCCCAAAUUGAUGACGUGGCCUCAGAACUCCGGACAGUCACGAAUUUGGUCAAGGGAAAGGAACAGGUCAAGGAAGAAAAGACUAAAAAGCCAGAGAAACUCAUGGGAGACGCCAUGAAGUCUCUCAAGGUAGAAACAGAGAAGACAGAAGAUAAAUCAGAAACAAAGAAAGGGGAGCCUUCGAGUCCGCCGUCUUCUCCACCAAGCUUCCCUCCUUCCUCUCCACCUACAAAGUCUCCUUCUCCGAAGUCACAGGACAAAGUAACCACAGAACCGGAGAAACCCAAGAAGAAGGAGAAAGUUAAGAAGAAAUUGCCUUUCACGUUUUGUAAUAAGAAAGACGAAAAUCUGCUUUUGUGGAUCACAAAGAUUCAAACGUACUGUAGCACGGCCCUUGUCGAACCCGAAUCCCAGGUUGCACUCUCUACCUCUUGCCUUGGUGGGGAAGCUAAGGAGUGGGUUUUGGCCGAAGCCAAUGCCGCAGGGUUCGAUGACAUCGGGGAGUGGGCUGGAACCUUGAACCUCAAACAGUUCCUUGGGAAGAUCAAGGAACGGUUUUUGGACAAAACGACGGCCGAUAAGGCCUUUGACCAGCUCACCACGAUUGGUCAAAGACAUUGGACCUCUGUGGAAUCGUUAUCUCAGGAAGUUGAUCGGUUGCUGCAGGUUCCAGGACUGAACCUACAAGACAACCAGGUCUUGUACAUCUAUUCCCGUGCUCUGCCCGAGCCCAUUCGUGGACAACUCGUGGCAGAGUCCAAGUCUGGUAAAUAUAAUUAUAGGCAGUUUCGGGAUUUGGCUCUUCAACGAGUGCAAAUGACGUCGCAGGGGAAUGCGACGAAGGCCGCUCGUCAUGUCACGCAGCCCAAGUACUACAGGCUUGCGGGGAUGAGAGUUAUCGCGGACGUCUGGAAAAACACGGGGUACACGUUCGCGGACAAGACUGCUCAGCGGGUCCAGAGGUGGUUGGCAGACGAGGGGAUGCGGGAUACGAGAACGACCACGGGUGGGCAGCGGCCAUGGGCAGACGAGGCUGAGAGGGAGGAGAUGCAGGACUUCCUCGAUGAGCAGGAGGGGGGCGAGGGCGGGUUAGAGCGGGCUAGGAGGGAGAAGAGGAAAGUGUGGGAGGAGGACGUUGACGUGCGUGACACGGCGAGGGAGAAGAGGGCAUGUCAGACGACGAUUGACGAGAUGUACGCGAAGGAGAAGUUGAGCGAGUUCACCGACGCGUGGCUGCAGUGGAUCUACGCGAAGGGGUUGUCGUUCAACGCCUCUAGAGGGUCGGAGUUCCAGAGGGUGCGUCAGGCGGUGGAGAGAGUCCCCCGCAACGUUCGCUUUCAGUUUUCCUCCUACAGGGUUACAGCGGGCGCAGGAAUCCCUUCGCAGAGGGGGAAGGUGGCGACGAUGGUGAGCGAGGUGCGGUCGGCUUUCCGGCACACUGAUGCCACCAUCCUCUCCGACGGAAGGAAGUCGCGUAGCAGCAAGCCGCUCGUGAACUUCCUGGCCGGGGGCGCCAACGACGCCCUGCUAUAUGCGACCGUCGCACGUGACGGGUCAGUCCCUGACACGGCGGAUGUCGUGUAUCGCAGGUGGCGGGCCAUCAUCUUGUCCUUUCCUGCAAAGGACGUGAUCGGCUUCUGCAUGGAUUCCACCAGUAACUAUACGGAGGCCACUCGUAGAUUCGCCACUGACCCCGACGCAGACAUCAGAAGGAUCACUUGGCUUCCCUACUCCACCCACGUCUGCAACUUGAUGUUGUCAGACGUCGGGACGCGAGUGGGGUGGGUCAAGGAGACCAUCAUCCGUGCCCGAGCGUUAGCACAGUGGGUUCAGCAGCAGAUCCGCGACGACGAGUUCUGGCGAAGCGUUGACUGUGCCAUCCACGUUAUGUCGCCCAUCAACCAGCGCUUGAGGAGGAUGGAUAGAGGGGGGAUGAUGAUGUCCAUCGUUUAUGAGUGGAGUCGGCAUCUUCUCGAGUUGAUGAGGAGGGUGGAUGUGCCGGUUGACAUGGUCGAGCCGUGCGUGCGCGAGGACGUGUUCGGCAAGAGGGCGGCGGAGCUACGGCCGUGGCCGGAGCAGACUCCGGACGCUGAUGCGGACGACGACACGUCGGACGACCAGUGGACGGACGAUGAUGACGCUUCCGUCAGCGGCGACGCGAUGACGGAGCGGGCGUAUUUCACUUACGGCGGAGGACCUGACGGCAUGGCUCCACACACAUUCGUCAUCAUUAACGAUGUGCUGUCCGGUGGUCAGAUGGGCAGACGUUGGGAGGUUAGGAGCGACAGCGAGCUGGAGGGGGAGGAGGAGGAGGAGGAGGUGCCCCUUCGGGAUCGUCGGUUCUCUCCCUCUCAUCAUCGGAGUACGGGACCGCCCAAGCCUACCAGGCCGAGGACGAGGUCGGCAUCGGCAGCGGAGAGACAACGGACACCAGCGACCGAGCACCGUGAGGGGGCUGGGCUUGCGGACAUUCCAGAGUUGGAGAGGACUCCAUCCUGCGCCGGUGUCCGCCACCGCUUGCCGUCCGAGCUGCGUACCGACGACUUCUACGUCGUCGGCUCUGGCGGGGGCUUGGGGGAUUUCAGUGCCCCGAGACAGGGGGGUGCCUCGCUGUUGGACGUGUGUAUCGACGAUUCAGAUGUGCGGGACCAUGUAGAGAGCGAGGAGGAGCGGGAUGCCUGGGUGGACAGAGAGGAGGAGGAGCGGUUGGGGACAUUGUCGGGAUGGGAGGGUCGUUUCGCGUAUAUGGAGGAGCAACGCCGACUGAGGGAGUUGGAGACAGGGGGGGUGGCGGCGGUGACGGCGGCGACGUGGGUUUUGGUGGGGAGGCUGAUGCGGGGGCGGCCCGACAGGGUGUCCCCACGGGUGUUGAGGGAGAUGGUGUCGCUGUGGGACGAGGAGGGGUCCGACCACGGAGGCAAAGACGAUGGCGACCACGGCAACCACGGCAACGAGCGCGACCACAGCGACGACGACGACGACGGUGGCGACGACGGUGGCGACGACGGCGACGACGUGGGUUUUGGUGGGGAGGCUGGUGCGGGGGCGGCCCGACAGGGUGUCCCCAAGGGUGUUGAGGGAGAUGGUGUCGCUGUGGGUGGUGGAGGGGAGGGUGGACCCAGCCGAGAUGCAGGCCGCUACGAUGGCGGCGAGGACGAGGACGAGGAGGGGUCCGACCACGGAGGCAAAGACGAUGGCGACCACGGCAACCACGGCGACGACCGCGACCACAACGACGACGGCGACGACGGUGGCGACGACGGUGGCGACGACGAUGGCGACGGCGGCGACGACGACGAUGAUGCUCAUCGCCGGGUCUCGGACCGGAUGAGGGCGGAUUACGACGUCGGGAGGGGCGUCUUCGCAGGUAGUUUGUCACCACGGUUUCAGGUUGCGGGCAGCUGCGAGGGUGGCUCCGGACGUCCGAGUCUUCAUACGGCAGGCCGCAUGCUCGGUUUGUCUCGAUCAGCGACAAGGAGAGUUUUGAUCCCACCGCCGAUUCCGGCCCCAGGGACAGCUGCGGACAUGCAGCAGGGUCAACAUUACACAUCCGGCGAGGAGGGGUUGCUGAUGCGUCGUGGGACUAGACGGCAUAGCACUUUCAUGGACGUCGAGGCUCGACUCGCAGCGGAGAUCGCCGCCAGCCAGGCAGCAUUGGAAGCGAUUCAGAGGCAGCAACAGACGAUUGUUGCAGCGGGGGCCGAGGACAAGGACGCGGACACAGAGUCCGAGCCGAUCGACAGUGCAGUCCGCAGACAUAGAGCGGCUGUGUCCCCGGCAGCACAGGCGGCAUACAUCAGCGGUGUGCAGGGCACAGGUGCUGGAGGGGGCCCGGGAGGAGCGCGUGGUCGACAGUCCACCGGGAGAGCCCACGGGCGUCCUUUCAGAGGUAGAGGUUCUUGACCUUCCGCAGGGAGAGGGAGGCGUUAGCGCCUUUUUUUUUUUUUUUUUUUUUUUAGGACGUCGUUUUGACAGGGUAGUUUCAUAGUCAUGUUGAUGUUGUUGCUCGAGGUUGUAUCAUAGUUUUGUACUGGACAUUGUUUUGAUGGGGUAGUUUCCACAGGGACGGAUGGUACGAUCGCAUUAGUUUUUUUGUGAGGUACCGUGUGUCACGGUUCGGUUGACGUUGGCGGUUUUUGGCUUCUGACAUGUACAUAUGCAUUUGGAGUGGAGUUUUAUUUUCACUGUCUUGUUCUUCUACACGCUCCUCUUCCACACUCGCUUUUGCAUGUGAGUCGCUGUUGUUUGGUGAGUGGUUUGUUGUCUUAAAUAUCUCGGACAAAAUGGGAAUUGUUGUCACAAUGUUGCAAAUUAUAUCUUUGUCUGAUGCCACACACAUGCAUGUUAUGGUUGCCCUCAUUGUGAAUGUGUUCUAAAUUUGGUAUGCCAAAUAUGGAUGAUAUACUAAUCAAUGUGUUAUUUCACC